AUGAUUGAAGGUGAAUUAAAUCAGUAUACUACUUAUAUUGUGAACAAUCAGUUGACUCCCUAUUGUCGACGACCUGAUAAUGAUGAAAAAGAAGCAGAGAUUUCAGUUAUAUUGGAUGACAAUAUAGCAAACAAUAUUACUUUUAAAGAAUUGAGCGAACAAGGUGUAACAAGUGAACAACUUCUUAAUUGGUCAGCACCCAUCGAUCUUGUUGAACGAUAUGAAAGAAAUAAUCGAAGUUCAGAAUUAUUCUAUAACUGUUCAUCACCAUGGUUUGGUUCGAAAUGUCAAUAUCAAUUUGUCUACGAUUCAUCUUUUUCGUUUAAUGAAAUUGUUAGAGAAUCUGCGAACAGUCGUUCGAAUGUCAUGCUCAACAUAAGUGUUACCACAUGUUAUCGCUUUUUACCUGAUUGUCAUCGUGGACCAUGGUCUUUAUGUCUCGACUGGAGGCAAAUAUGUAAUGGUAAAGUUGAUUGUAUGAAUGGCGAAGACGAACAAUGGUGUGAAAAAUUAGAGAUGAAUACAUGUGCUGAUGAUGAAUAUCGAUGUCAUUAUGGUGGUCAAUGUAUUCCGCUGAUAUUUGCACGAGACAGCACCUUAAGUUUUGACUGUCUCGACAGUAGUGAAGAGGUAGAGAACGAUAUCAUGUAUAUGUCGCUGAGAAAUACUCUUUGUCGUUUAUUUAUCACAUUUCGAUGUGAAGAGAGUAUUAAUCGAUAUCCUCGGGCUUUUCCAUGUGGUAAUGGUCAAUUUUUGGAAGCGACCGAAUUGCCAGAUAAUGCGCAUCAGUGUUCCAACGAACGACAUAAACAAGUGACUUUAGCCAUGCUUACUUCGUUCGACCACAUUAAAGAUAUUAAAUGUCAACAAGCAUUUCGUUGUUUACUUCUUUCCAAUCGAAGUUAUGGUAAGUAUGAAUAA